GCAACUGUUUAAUAUGGUGACUGCACAGGUAUUUUUGAGGGUUUUCCUUGUUACCUUGCUAUUUGUGGAUGUAAAUGGUGUUCCACUAAAAGGCUCAGAAUCUCAAGGCCAGAACAGACCCAGUGACCAGCAUGAUGGAUCAGGCACAGGUUAUGCUGAACUUUCCUUUUACAGCUCACCUGGAGAUGCUUCUAAAGCAAUGGAGCAAUAUAUAGAUCCACCCCAGUAUGCUCAGGCAGUGCCUGAUGCAGAAUAUGCUGCCAGUGAUGUUUCUUUUAUGCCUGCUCAAGCAGGAGAUGUUGGCUCUUAUCUACCAGUACAAGCACACUAUGGUGCUGGUACUUUUGAACAUGUUCCUGCUGAUUAUGACGCUGGUUCCACUGUGCCUAUUCAAGCAGGAUAUGCUGCCAGCCCCCCACAGUCUGGAGCUCAGGCUAACCUACCUGAGCAUGAGUGGCUUAUUGCCCCUAAAGCCUUUGAGGAAGCCACAGCAAACACCCAGCCUCAAGGCACCAGUGUUGUUGGGCCAGCACCCCCUGCUCCAGCCCUCCAGUCGGGGGAGACUUCCAAUGUUGUGAAGGAAGCUGAGCUCGGGAACUACCAGCACCAGACGGAGGAGUCUGGUUACCCGGCAGAUCAUAUGGGACCUGGCCAACCUCUUCCACUUCUCACUAUGCCAAGUCAUGGAGGGGGUGGCUUGUGGGGCUACCCCAUUCCAUACCCUUACCCUGAAUUUGAUUACCAGCUCUUGUAUGGUCUGUACCCUCCGGGCACCUAUAGUACUUUCAGCAGAAACCACGAGAAGGGCACAGACUACGUUCAGGACAUCCACUAUCUGAAGGAGCAUGACCCUGAUGCUCCACAGAUGCUCCAGACCUCUGAGCAGCAGGAUGUCUUACUAAUGACCACUUAAAGCUUCGCUGGUUCCCAGAUGAAGGGUUCUGACUGAUUGGAGGUCACACUUUUCAAUAAACUCAUGCCGUGAGGAA